CGCAAUGGAGUAGUUUCUAACAAAACCCAUAUGCCCAAAUUAAUGUUACUUAAAAGAAGAAAAGUCUCUUUUGAGCUUUAACAAAUACCUUUUUGAGUAGUGACGGUUGAGAUGUAGUUUCACUAGCCUCCGACAAGAUAUCUCGAACCGUCGGAUUUCGCUGGGAAAUCUUGACCGCCCAAACGGAGCAUGACGUGUAAGAAAAUUCAUGCAUGGCUAAACAGUAUUAAUUAAAAGCAACGACGAAGAUUGACUCGUACAAAUGAGGAGGGGCCAUGGACUUUUUUUUUUUUCUUUUAAAUAUUUGAUUUACUCGUUGUUAUUUAAUAGACGGUAGUUUCUUAAAUUCUAGCACCUCUCCAUUCAUUUGGCUCACACCUCGCAAAUUAAAACUCAAACGGUGCUCCCUUCUUCUCCCCCUCUUAAUAAAAAGGAUGCUUAAUGUCUGUAACUUGUGCUUUGAUAUUGAAUCUCCUUAGCCAUUCUCUCUCUUCCAUGGGAAAUUACAUCUCUCUAGGAUCUUCUUCGGGCCUUGCCGGAAAAAUCGUCUUUCCUGAUGGAACUCUCCAACGACUCGAGACCCCGGUAACCAUAGCCGAGCUCAUGCUCGAGAAUCCGAAUCAUUUUGUGAUCGAACUGGGUCCGGACGUAUCUCAAAAUCGGCUGGUCCCUCUUCCUGCUGAUCACAAGGCUACACCUAACAAAGCUUAUUUAGUCUUGCCCAUGAGGAGAGGGAACAAGGCCUUGACACCAGAAGAGGCUCGCCGGAUUCCAAUGAAGGAAAAGUCAUCUUUCAGGUACCACCCACUCUCUUCAUUUUUCGCAACGUACUCUUCUCGUAAGGUUCUCCCUCUGCUAGCCGCUAUGUGCCAUGUCGAUGCGUUUAAGGAGGAGGUUUCGAUGAAGAGGACGAAGAGUGAGAAAUAUAAGUUGCCGGAAUUGUUGCCGGAAAUUGGGGCCGAGAGGCCGGAAUUUGUGAGUAGGCAGUUUUCCGGCAAGGGGUGGAAGCCAGCCCUUGACACCAUAGUGGAGACAAGGGUUGAGAAAAAGGUUCGGCACUGGUUGUUCUAAUUUUAUUUGUACCUCUUCUUUUGGGUAUGUUAAAUAUGCUUGUAUUGUAUCAUGGCAAUUAUUAGUCAAGGAUUUACUUAAAAAAAAAAAAAAAUAGUAAAUCAAUGGCCCUGUGCCCAUUUGAACAUCUUAACCGUCUUUUAAAUUCAA